GUUGUUGAAGUUAUGAGGGGGGGAAUAGGUUUGAUUAGAGGCUCUUGAUCCGAGGGACUGGAGCUGCCCUCCUUUCCCCCCCCUGUUCAAACCUCAUUUCCUCCCGGUGCCGUGUGAUCCCCUGAGAGUUUAGCGCUCUCCCUCUAUAGCGACUAACAUCAACAGGUCCAGACGACCUAUUUUCGACCUUUUCUAUUUAAUAUAAUUAGUAACUUAGCUCACAGUUAGCUAAUCUCUUCAACGGUGUGCUAACAAUGGGGUUCGUACCCGGAUAAAUGGGGAUUGGCGAAUGGGGAUGCCCAUUUAAGAGGUUGGAGAUAGGUCCCUGGCAUCUAGUUACUGCCCAGUGUCGCAGUAUGACACUUAGGGGUUUAGCACUUGGUUAUGAUUAUAAUACAUCAGUGCGGGAGAUAGGUCCCUAGUUACAUCCCCGUGUGGAUGAUAGAUUCCUAGCUUCUACUUACAGUCCCAGUGUGGGUGAUAAGUUCCUAGCUUCUAGUUACAGCCCCAUGUGGGUGAUAGGUUCCUAGCUUCUAAUUACAGCCCUAUGUGGGUGAUAGGUUCCUAGCUUCUAGUUACAGCCCUAUGUGGGUGAUAGGUUCCUAGCUUCUAGUUACAGCCCUAUGUGGGUGAUAGGUUCCUAGCUUCUAGUUACAGCCCUAUGUGGGUGAUAGGUUCCUAACUUCUAGUUACAGCCCCAUGUGGGUGAUAGUUCCCUAGGCUUCUAAUUAAAGACCCAUGACCAACAAUGGCUGAUUCAGUGCUCUCUGUCUAUCCUACGAGGAUAAAGGGCACUGAAUUAUCACUCUCCACUUUUCGAACACACACUAGACCCGUCUGUAUUGUGGCAACAUUUUGCUCUGCAGGAGUUUCGUCAAGCCUGGAGAGCAAAACAUUGCCACAAUACGUCACAAUAAUCAUCCCCAUGUCCUUUUGUCGAUAAUUUACAAUUAUUACUCAACAUUUCUCUGAAUUACAACAGUGUUCUGCUGGUGACAGGAAUGACACACGUUCUACACAGAGCAGAAUGCUGGUCUUGUGAAAUCCGUUCUGCCGUGUUCUGUGAUAGCCCUGUGUGGCUCAUAAGGGUUUAGCGCCUCCUAGACACUGCCAACAAACUUAAUGUCUUCUUUUCUACAAUAGGAUCAAAACUAGAAAGCAAAAUCCCAAAAGCAAAUACACAGCCACAAGACUAACUCACUGGAGCUGGUAUAGGGUCAAGAUGCCUCCCAGAAAGCAGGUCGAUUCGUUGCAGCAUACUUGCUUUAUGGUAAUGGCCGGCACUAUCCAUCAGCUUGCUGUUGAAUUAGAAGAGUCACCUGAGACUUGCACAGUGUCUGCGAAGGAGGUGUCAGCAGUGGUUGCAUCACUGCCGUCAGUCAUCAACGAGAACAUGAUCACAAAAGUGAUUGAGACCAUUUAUCAGACAAUGAGUAGAACUCGGAGGUCUAUCGGAAUGCGGACCUGUCUCGAGGUGCUCCUUCAGCCCCACAUUCAGAGGUUGAACUUGAGUGGAUUGUUCUUCCAUAUGCGACUCUCAGGGGAGAUCAACAAAACCAUCAGAAAUGUGGUUCAGGACACGGUAGUCAACAUGAAGAAUUUAAUGGUCCUUAAUAUGGUCAGUAAAUGCAGCGACGAGAUCCUCUUCAUCGUCAGCGAAAAAUGUCCGAAUGUUGUCGAGGUGAACAUGUCUAUCUCGGACCUCGUCACCGAUAAAGGGCUUAAAGCUUUAGCCCUAGGGUGCCCCAAGCUGGAAAAGCUGGGCAUCUCAAAGUGCUGGGAAAUUACAACAGAGGGCAUUGCUUAUGCCCUGCAGUAUGGCAAGAACUUACAGAAAAUGCAGUGCGACCAGCUGGGGGCUGUCAUGAUCAGCGCGUUCAAGAAAUCCGAUGCCACGUUCAAGUUGACACAUUUUGAGCAGACUCAUACGAUUUUUGAGCCCCAAGAUGACGACAUUGCAUGGGUCGGGUGUGCCUGCCCAUGUCUAGAGUCGGCCAGCUUGUUUAUGGAUGACGAGAGUCUAGCUCUGGUCCCACAGUUGGGAGAUAUCAGAAUUUUGGAAAUUGAAACGUCGUCCGUGCUGGGGAUCGGGUUCGUCAAAGCCAUAACAAAUCUUGGGGAGUCGCUUCGGACGCUGCAGUUGAACUGCGAUGAAGUGAGUCAAGAAAAGAUCACACUGGUGGGCAAGUGCUGUCCGCUGCUGUCAACUCUGCACAUCACCACGGCGACGGUGGAGGACAAUCAACUGCUGUGCAACCCUGGUCACCUCUUCUCUCACCUCACCACGCUCUAUCUUCAAGUCUGGGAGGAGGCAGUCGUUAGUAACGAGUGCGUGGAGUUCUUCUUGAUGUGGUGCAAGAAACUGGAGUCAGUGGUGGUGAAGGCUGAGGUGGAGUUCUUGACCGACCAGUACCUGGAGCGCAUCCUCUUGGCCAAUCCCCUCACGCAGGCCAAACGCAUCAUCCUGUCUUCAGACAAACACGUGGUUCCAAAUGGUCCCAGGCGGCCCCAGGUGGGUCCAGAUGGCAACGUUAACCAGUGUCACCCCAUUUCCCAGGUGGUGGCGGAGCUGGCGGCCCAAAUACUACGUGUGGUCCAUGGACCAUGGUACACAGUGGUCCCAGGACCACACAAGCGAAACUCAGAGCUGAUUAAUUCCAUCCUGGGCCUUCCUAAGGUCAUGAACGAUGCUGGCAGAAGAUAA